AUGUCGAAAGCCACCUUCGCAAUCAUCGCAGCUGUGAGCGCUGGAACUGGCGCCGCCGUAACUGCAGCUAUCAUGAGGCCAGACAAGAAAGACUCCCCCUCGAGAAUCGUCACGACCACGACCACGACCGUUGCGACCGGGACACCCCCAAAGACAGCUCCCGUGCCCGUCCCGGCGCAGCAGGUCUGGUCCUCGCAGCCCGCCGCCCUCAACGCCCCCGUCAACCCCGCCGGCCUCUUCGAGUAUGGCUUCCCCGGGCCCGUCUCCGACCUGGCCACCCGCUCCGCCCUCGUCUCCUCCUACGACCGCCGCCUGCGCAACCCCCACUGGGUCGUCGAGCACAUCACCCCGGAGUCGCUCGCCAUGCGCGAGGGCGACCGUAAGCACAGCGCCUUCGCCGAGGACCCCUCCGUCCCGGACAAGUUCAAGGCCAAGCUCAAAGACUACUUCCGCUCCGGCUUCGACCGCGGCCACCAGGUCCCCGCCGCCGACUGCAAGUGGAGCCAGCGCGCCAUGGACGACACCUUCUACCUGUCCAACAUGUGCCCCCAGGUCGGCGAGGGCUUCAACCGCGACUACUGGGCCCACUUUGAGGACUUUUGCCGCCGCCUGACCGACCGCUACCCCAGCGUGCGCAUCGCCACCGGGCCCCUGUACCUGCCCCGUCGCGACCCCGCCGACGGCAAGUGGUACGUCCGCUACGAGAUGAUCGGCAACCCGCCCAACGUCGCCGUGCCCACCCACUUCUACAAGGUCAUCUUCGCCGAGGACGGCUCCCCGGGCGGGCCCGUUGCCCUCGGCGCCUUCGUCCUGCCCAACGCCCCCAUCCCCAACCACAAGCCCAUCACCGACUUCGAGGUGCCCCUCGAGGCCGUCGAGCGCGCCAGCGGCCUCGAGUUCGCCUCCAAGCUGCCCGCCUCCCGGCGGCGGCGCCUAUGCGCGGAGCACACCUGUGCGCUAGUCAUCCGCGAGUAUGCAGAGAGGCAGAAGGCGUUUGGCAAGGAGGGGCCCAAGGCGCUCGUGGCUCCGGCCAAGUGA